GCUUUGUCUACAGAAGAUCAGACGCUGGACGAAAAUGGCUCAGCACCACCUGCGUUUCUUGCUCCUGUGCCUGCAAACCUGGCUGACAGCAACUGGGAAGGAUGCAGACUUGUUCAUGAAUGGGAUUCUUGGGGAGUCAGUUGCUUUUCCCUUAAAUAUCCAAAACUCAAAGGAAGUUCAGUCCAUUGCUUGGACUUCUGAGUCAUCUGUUGCUGUCAUUACACCAGGAGACUCAGGAAAAGCACCCACCAUUAUUGUGACUCACAAUAAUUAUAAAGGACGAAUAAAAGUCAUACAAAAGAACUACGACCUGGUCAUUAGUGACCUGAAAAUGGAAGAUGCAGGAAAAUACAAAGCAGACAUCACUAUCAACAGCACCACCACAAAGAUCUACUACCUUCAUGUCUUCCGUCGGCUUGGGAAGCCAAAAAUUACACAGAGUUUAAUGACAUCUAUGAAUGGUACCUGUAAUGUCACACUGACAUGCUCUGUGGAGAAAGAAGAAAAGAAUGUGUCAUACAGCUGGAAUUCCCUAGAAACAGAAAGCAAUGUCCUUCAAGUCAUCCAGACCCCUGGGAACCAAGGGCUGAAUUACACAUGUACAGCCCAGAACCCUGUCAGCAACAAUUCCAGCUCUAUUUCUUCCCAGCAGCUCUGUGCAGACAUCACAACAGACUCCCAUACUCACCACACCGGGUUGCUGAGUGGGCUGGCCAUAAUCUUUUUGGCUGUUCUCAUUCUACCGGCAGUGUUACUAUGCCAUCUGCGCAAGAGAAAGCAAGAUGCUGCCUCAGAGAACAUAAUAUACACAUGUGCCAAGGUCUCAAAAGACACCCAGCCAGCAGAGGCCAAGAUCUAUGAUGAAAUCUCCCAGUCCAAGGUGUCACCCUCCAAGGAUGAGUCAUUGAAAACAAUUUAUUCAACAGUGCAGUACCCUGCUGGGAUCUGCAUCAAGCCAUGGCACAUCAGCUGGGAUCUUCUGCUCACACUCACCAUAUUUGAGGACCCCUGGUAUUUGGCCUCCACUAUCCUUACGGCAACUUGCAGAUGCAGUCGCUUAUUCACAGGCAUGGAGUGGUGAGUGAUGAGCAGCCCAUUCCCAUUCCUUUUCCCAGGAACCUUUGUGCAUGGCACAACUGACUCAACCAGCCCAAACAUAGAUGACCACGAUAUGUGGGAUGCUGUCAGGGCUUGGCCAUGCAGAGAUGCUCUCCAAACAGAACAUUAGAAAAUACUCUUACUGGCCAAGCUUCCCUUCUGUGCCCUUCCAAGUAGCUUCAACGAGAACAUGCCAUGCCCAGGACUCCCAGUCUCCAAAAGCAAUUGAGCAACUAUUUUUCUGCCACUUUGAGGAACUGGUUGUAACCCAGCCAUCAAAACAAGAGACCUUAAAGAAAGCAGAGUUAUCUGCAAGAGGGAACUUGAGAAAUGAUGAUGCAGGAGAUGAAAGUGGGUCCCCAUCAGUUCCUAAGGCUCAGAUCAGAGAGGCAUGAGCUUCAAGCUAAGGCUGAGUGUGCUCCCCCCACCAGCCCCUAGACACACACACACACGCACACACACACACACACACAAACUGGCUAGUCAUAAGGCAGAAUCACCCAAAACUGAGCAAGACUAUCUUGUGAUCAUUUGAGGAAACGUUGGCCUUUUACGUUAGCAACCCUAACCAGCUAAAUUCUAGUCUGGGCAGCUUUUGCAUUUGGCAGAAUAAGGUUGUCAGUCCCAUAAAUGGAUCCGUAGCCUCUUCUAGCACUAAUUACCAUUGGUAGAGCUGCAAGGCCCCAGGCAGUGGUGGCAACUCUGUGGCACGCAUGCUGCACAGGGCUCUUUGUAUCACUGGAAGCCCUAAAAGAUUCGCUAUCACUACCCCAGGGUAUAAGUUAGGCACUGGUCCCUUUCCUGAUCUAGCUGACAGGCAGUUCCAACACAAACACGAUGGUUAAGUGAUGAACUGUGACUGCAAGUUGGCAUAACCUGGAACAGAUGAGAAAAGACCUAACAGUUGGUAGAGCUAAAGGUGGUCCUCAAAGAAUGGGAAGGAUGGGAUGAAGGAGGAAAACAGAUGGCCUCCAAGCAAGGAACACGUGAAAAAUAGAAGCCUGGAUCUGUGGGGGGGGGGUAUUCCAAAUCUACUCACAGCCCCAGAGUCUCUUGCCUGUGUGUAACUGGGUACCUCUGCCAGACUGUGUGCCCACCCAGUCCAAUUAUCUGUCUCUCACUAUCCACCUCAAACAGCUCCUCUUCUACGAAGCGUCCCUGGGUGUCACCAGUUAAAAUUAACCACAGCUGUUUUUGCACUUCUUUUCUUCUCUUUUGUUUUUUCUAUCAUUUUAACUCAUUCUGUUCUGACUUAAACAGCAAAAAUAAUCAUACACUACCUAAGUAUGGAUCAUACACUACCUAAGGACAAGACCCAUGGCUUUUACUCAUUGCUUUAUUUUCCUUUGCGCCCACCACCAUCCAACUUACUGCCUUGUAUCCUGUAUGUUGGCAAUAAAUGCUGAUGACUAGAAAUGAAAACGACCUUUCAGCUCAAAUAGAAGGGAUGCAUUAGAAGCAGAGGAAGAAGCCAAUAAGCAUAGUGGAACCAAAGAACAGCAAGCAUUAAACACAAGGAUGUAGGCAUCAGAAGUGGCCAGAGUGGAAGAGCAUUUUUCAGAAUUAGACCACCCAAGGGGUCAGGCGAAGCACUGAGCCAGCAGAAGGAAGCGAUGUCCCAAGGAGAGACAGAAGGAAAGGUACAGACCUGGUCACGAAGGAUGGAGAGAGAUGUUUCAAAGUGACACAGAACAGGAUGAAAUAAAGUAUUUCCUCACCCUGCAGAUGAACUGAACACCCUUUACCUGAACCUUCCCCUUUCUGGCCCCUGAUGUGCUCACUCAGUUAAAUUCCUAGUGUCCUAAUGCUCUGUAAACAAAAACAGGAAGAAAAAAAAAUCAGAAACUAGAGCUCUUUAAACAGAAGAGCAAACUUAGGAAGAAGUCAGUACCCUGGAAUUCCUAUAGUAGCCUUUGGGCUCAGGACCACGCUGCCCUUGUCUCUUCUAUGAAUGUCCUCUAACUUAAUGCAGACAUAAACUACUCACACCUCUCCUUAGAGCUGUUUUCAGAUUCUCCUUCUGCAAAGGGGGUGUGAUCUGUUUCUCUUUACAACGUUGCAAGUGAGCUAGACUGUGACCAACAGUUCUUUUAAAAUCAAAGUAUUUUUCUUUUUCUUUUUCUUUUUUUCAAAGUAUUUUUCCACGGAACAGGAUCUUGCGACAGACUGAGAUGUUCCGGUUUUGUAAAACAUGUAUCAAAAUUGAAGUCUUGGGGGCAGACAGGGCCCUCUAGUGGAAAGUGCUGGCAAACCAGGACAGAAGUGCCUGCAGACAUUGGGGCAUCUCAUACGCCCUAGAAGAAAAUGAAGCUCGUUAAAAAUAUUAUUUUUUAAAAUCUGCAGAACAGUCUAAACUACACAAGUGAAUAAUUUGACCAAGCAACCUUAGACAUCGGAAUGAACAGGAAAAUCCUGGCUAGCCUGGGCUAUGUCUUCACAAAGCAGGUCUUAGGUCUACCUGGAGAAGAAAAAAAAAUGGCUGAGCUAUAUUUUCUUCUAGAUCUGUUCAUUUUCUCCUGUUUCACUUUUCCCUGGAUUCCCUUUCACUUGUAUAUUUGUCUCACGAAUAACUAGUAACAGCCUCUACUGGUUGUAAAAUGAAGCUUGCAAAAAAAAAAAAAGUAUGAAGUAUAACAAGCAGAAACGUGGGUUUCUUAGUUACGUGACCUUGGGCACAUCUUAAGAAGGGAAUAGGUAAUAAUUUCUGUGUUGUAGGGUUGGUGUGGGUGUAAAAUAAAAUGUUAUUGCAAGAAUAUACCUGCUCAUGAUAAAGUUUUGGAUCCUUUUAAGUUGUUCUUACAAGCCUGGAACCUUCAUAAAAUGCUAAUCCUAACUUACAAAAGAAGCUUCUUCCAACAGAAAUGCAGCUGAUAUUAUGUUAAAUCAAUAGUAUAUACCACACUUUUAACUCCCAGUCAUGCAGCCUCUCAUGUUUUGUUACACACAUUGUCUGUUCCUUCUGAUAUCUCCACACCAUGCUGAUUACACCCAUCUCCUGAUGGAGAGGACAGGGGGUGGUGUCAACGCUGAGCAUGGACAGGAAGGGCCUUGAGGACAGGGAGCCUGUAACAAUGCAUUGAGGGCUUACUUUGUCCCAGCUGCUGCACUCGAUGCUUUGAACGUUUUUGUCCACAGAGCAGCCCUUUAAAAUGAAAAUUAAUUUUAGUUUGCAUUAGGCUUAGGGGCUAACUGCCUUAGCAAAUUCAGAAAGCUGGGAAGAUAGGAUGUGGACAUAAUAAUUGGUGCACUUGUGUUCUGCCACACUGCCUCCUUUUCCCUCCUGUGGAUUCACAGCACCUGGCACUCUGCUUGACGCAUAACAGGUGCAUCACAAAUACCUUUUGAAUGAAUAAUUGAAUAUACUAGUAUUUUAAAACUACUCAGUAUAGCUCAAAGUACAUUCACACAUUAAUUCCAUUGUCAUCUGGAUAGCCCCUCAACUUUCCUGUUGGAAUUGAACAUGAAAUUAAAGACCCUUUUAUGUUUCUCAGGGGAAUACGAUUUAGGAGAUAGGGAGUGGCCAAGCCGGUGGGGUGGGGGUGAAUGGGACCUGUCAAUUACAAGAUCCCAGGACAGGACAACACAAAGACCCCCGUAUGUAGAACUUCCCAGGAGCAUCCGCAAGAUAUGGACAGCAUAAAAGAAGACUGGCCAUCCCGGAAAGCUACUAGUUUGAAUUCCCAAGAUGGCCUGUACACAUUUCACAGAGAAGGAGUGUUGUUUUAUUUUUGCUUUUACUCUCUUUUUCUCUUUGUUUGACACAGUUUGCUCUGCAUAAUUGGUUUUCUCUAUAUCCAUUCACCCUAUACUUUUCAAAUAAAUUUUUGGCAUUGUUAAAAACAUAAAAUAAAAUAGAGAAGCUUGGAUAGAGCUUUCUGCAUCUGGCUAGAGUUGGUUUAAUAGCCUACAAGGGAUCCAAGUCAUACACACGUCUCAUGAAUUAUUACAAAAGGAGAGAAAUGUUGAACGUUUCCACUCCUAAUAUCAUAAUGAUAACAGGAACAGAAAAAGUAUUUGGGAGAUUGCAUGGAAUUAUUUACUGGUUGGUAAAAUAAUAAAUAGCUGUAUACAUUUUCAUUUUACCGAGUUCCCAUCCAGGUGUAAGGAGUCCUUGUGGUUUGUCA